GCGUACUGCUCGGCUUCGGGUCCAGACAGCACAAUCUCAUCACAGCCAUGGCGUCGUCUCAAUUGCGAGCGGUCCAAACGUUGACGCGCAACCUGCGCGCAUCGAGCCGCACUUUUGCCACCUCUGCUCGCCGACUCGAAGCUCCUACACCCGUUACCUCUACCAGCGAAACGGCCGCUGUGCUGGAAACCGACGCAAAAGCUAUCGGCCAGGCUCCCAACCGCGCCGCCGUCUGGUCUCGAAGCCAGAAGCCCCGAUCUACGGCCAUGACAGGCCCCCGUUUCGAACAGACAGAUUUCAGCCUUCAGCCCCAACCUUAUUCAGCCAUGGAGUUGGUACACAAGGUGCCCGUUACAUGGACUCACGACCGAAUUGUAUCAUGCAAUGGCGGCGGCGGUGCUGCUGGUCAUCCCAGAAUCUUUAUCAACACCGAUAAGCCGGAGAUCGCUUCCUGCAACUACUGUGGAACUCCUUUUGCCAACGAGCACCACCGAAAACACCUCGAAUCUCUUCCGGAGACUUCCUACCCCUUAAAAUAGACUUAUCCAACUGGGGGAGGGAAUUUGGUGUUAUUAAGCUUCCGGUCAUAGAUAGUCCUUGGGCUGGUUCACGAGUUAUUUGUAUAGUUAUGAAGAAUCAAAACAGAGAGAAAUAAGAGUUACAUUGCGCCUAAAAUUCUGUGUGAGGCGCCAGAUGUUGCAACGCGGCAUGUAUAAGCGCCUAUAUCCCUGAGGCAUAGCGCCAAUGACAUGCCGCCCACAACAUGAAUGAGAAAUAUAUAGCAUCUUCAUCUUGAUCCUUCGCUCUUCCUUUUUCCUAAUAUAGCACAUAGCCUUCUGUCUAUUUAAAACUUGUAGCGUAACGGGCGGCUCAAG